GUCUGGCACGGUGUACCACUGCGCUGCAAACUGCCUAAAGAUCGCCGGCUUGUUUGGCUUGGCUAGCUUAUCGAUAAAAGAAUAGAAACUGAAUUCAAACCUCUGUUCUGUGCAGCUAUCCCUAAACAUUGGACAAACUUUGGAAGUCGACAUUGAGGCAGGUUAAAGGCAAAACAAAAAAAAAAGAAUAAAUACGAAACUAAAUGAAAUAUAGGCUACCAGAUCUGUGUAUGUUAAAAACUAGAAUCUGCAUUUUUUAUUUUCAUUGUAUAGCGCUUGUGGAAACAAGAUCUACUUCUGCUUUUAAUCUAGCUAGCAGCAUUGACACAUUUUUGGCUUAUUUAUCCAUCAUUUGGUUGAAAUCUAGAUCUAACAUGAUUUGAAUAUGGAGAACUUUCUAAAGUCUUAUGUUGUUGUUAUUUUCUCUGUCUUCAUAAGUCGAAUCACAGGCACUGAAGUUAUGUUCCAAUAUGAGGCGAGUGACGACACUGGUGAUCAAAUGCCUGACCAGUUCAAUGUGACUUUUAGCACAGAAACGAAAUUUCUAACCAAAUUCAAUCUCAGGCGUUCGCAGAGUUUUGACGUGAACAUUCCUCUCUAUACUCUCGACGUCGAUAAGAAAGGCUUUUUUCAAAAACAAAAAGUGAAUAUUAGACCCACAAAGGAUAUAGGCUACUACCAUGAUACUAACCACAAGGCUGUGUUUUGUAUUAAAAGGUCACCCGAAACAUUGUCGAACAAUAACUCUAUAUUUCACUUGAAAACUGUAUUUCAAAUGGAUAACUCCGAAUACCUGUUUGACUCUGAUAACAAGACGCCUAAAAAUCCUUGGAGAAAUCUGUCACUCGAAACAUUUUCUAGUUCUAGAAGGAAUGAAUCUACUACACCUCGCUCUAGGACAACAUUUGACCGAUAUGUUUAUAAGUUAGAAUUGCUUAGAAGCACAACAUUUGAUCUGUUUGACACACAAAUACCACCGCCAGAAGUAGAAAAGACUGUUCGAUGGAAUGUCAUCAAUCAGUCAAAAUCAUGGUCAGACCCACCAAGCAGACGUCGCCGAAACGCAUUGAGUGACUACUACGUGGAUGUAGUGGCGUUGAUUGAUAGAUUACGUUUUCAAUGGUUUCUAGAACAAGCAAAAAAUGACUACAACACUGCGAGGCGAAAUAUUCAAGAGCACUAUGCUAUGGUGUUUAGCGGGAUUGACAUGCUUUAUAAAGGCAUCAACCAUCCAAACUACAAGAUUCAUAUUCGUCUGUGUAAAAUUUUCAUCCUUGAGGGACCAUAUGCUGGAAAUUUUAUUAGCAAGUACGCUUCAGAUGGUAAAAUGAACGCCGUCUUGGCUCUAGAAGCUCUCGAAAAAUUUUUUCAAGGUGCUGGGGCUCCAAUCGUCGGCGAUUACGAUCACGUGGUUUUGUUUACUGGCUUUGACCUUUUCAAAUACGAAAGUUCUGGUAAAAAGAAUUACGCAUACGUAGGUAACACUUAUCAGAAAGCUAUGUGCCGAACAAAUGGAACUAGCUGUAGUGUAAUAGAAGAUCACAAAGGAACUGAUAUAAUAACAAUUGCACAUGAACUAGGACAUAGCCUUUCAGCCAAACACGACGGGGAUGGCAACUCCUGCUCUAAGUAUGACAGAUACAUUAUGAGUUCUGGUGAAUUCUGGAAACAAACUCCGGAAACAAAAUAUAAUCCAUGGCGAUUCUCUUCCUGUAGCGUCAAUUACUUUACAACCUUUUUGACUGAGUUUGAUAGAAGCAGCUAUCGAUACAACUGUCUAGCUUACGCUAUCAAAGCUUCAGAUGACAUUCCAGAUGUAUCUAAUAAACUAUUGGGUCAGCUAAUUAAACCUAAUCAACAGUGUCAACUAAUUUACGGAAAGGCUUCCUACUAUUGCAGGGGUGAAAAAAACACUAACAUUGAGGACAUAUGCCAUUCUCUGUACUGUCGAGAUCCCAUGAAAUCUGGUGACUGUAAAUUGAUGGAAGCAUAUAUCGGGACGUCCUGUGGCGAUGGAAAAAUCUGUAUGUAUGGAAAAUGUGUCAGCGACCCAUACGCUCCACAAGUUGAUGAGACAUGCGUAUUCGGAGACGUACAAGAAGAUCACUGCAAAUCAUUGAUCAAUACAUUUGUAGGCAACUGUUACCAAAGUAAACACUAUGACCUCUGCUGUGGUACCUGUAACAAUAUGUCUAGGCCCAUUAGAGGUUGUGAAUACGGUGACAGAGUAAAAAAUUGUCAAGAAUAUCACUGUGCUAAAGAAAAAGAGACAUGCUGUGGCACUUGUAACUACGGUACACCUUUUACCCCAAUCACCAGAAGAAACAUUCCAAUGAGACCCACAUCAGCGAAACCACUUCUGAUUCGUAAUUCGCCCAAAGUGACCAGAGAUUGUGAACCAGGAGCUUUAGACUUGAGACCAGACCUGUGUUAUGACCUUAGUGUCUGCAAGGAUCAGUUUUAUCUAUGCUGUGAAUAUUGUUCGAGAUAUUUUACACUUCCAGCUAAAACAACCAUUUCACCUAAUGCUUGUGAACAUUCGCGUUUUGAUAUAAUACCACAACUGUGUACUAGCUAUAGUAUCUGCCUGACAGCCCGAGCUUGGUGCUGUAAAUAUUGCUUCGGAAUGGAGACGAAAGCAGUCACCACUACCACCAAAAAAACUUCACCUCAAGAUUGUGCCCCAGGAGACUUAGACCUAUUACCAGAACUGUGUACUAGCAUUAGUAUCUGCCAGACACACCGAACAAGGUGUUGUGACUAUUGCUCGCGAGAGAAAAAUUAUACAGUCACAAUUACCACCGAGAUAACUUCACCCAAAGAUUGUGCCCCAGGGGACUUAGACUUAUUACCAGCACUGUGUACUAACAUAAAUAUCUGCCAGACAAACAGAUCACUGUGCUGUGACUAUUGCUCGCGAGUUGAGAAUUAUACAGUCACAUGGACCACCGAGAUAACUUUACCCAAAGAUUGUGCCCCAGGAGACUUAGACUUAUUACCAGCGCUGUGUACUAACAUAAGUAUCUGCCUGACAAACCAAUCACUGUGCUGUGACUAUUGCUCGCGAGUGGAGAAUUAUACAGUCACAUGGACCACAGAGAUAACUUCACCCAAAGAAUGUGUACUGGGAGAGCCAGACUUAAAGCCAGAGCUGUGUACUAGCCCAAGUGUCUGCAAGACACAGCCACUGAUGUGCUGUAACUAUUGCUCUUACAAUUCUGGAACCAUUUUGUCAUUAUACGAUACUUGGAUUUAUCAUUGGUUUUACAUUACAUUUCAUUAUCUGUUUAUCAAAAUAAUUGUAAGCUAGAUAGAUCUAGAAAUCCACUAAUGUUUCUCAAAUUUUGAACAGUGCAUUUUACAAAUAUUUGUUUAUACCUAUUUUUUAUCUUUAUCUUUGUAAUACACAUUAAUAUUUAUCAUAUUACAGCAAUCUCUCAAUGCACAUUUGGGCACCAUUCUAAUUGUUAACAGUUUCCCUUAAGUGUUAAGCAUUGUAGAGAUUUUAAUGUUGUUUAACAAACUGUUUUCCGUUUUUUCCAUGAUCAGAUUUCAUGACCUAACUAUCUAAUUUACAUGCUGCAUUUAAUAAUAAAUUAUUCUAGAAUACAAUGUUUAAAGUAAAUUUACAGUUGAUACCUUGUCGAAAGUGUCGUAAAUAAUUAUUUGUGUUAAUAUCGCUAAGAAAAAUACAAUCAAUUAAUAUUAAUAAUAACUCAAAUUUACUCAAA